AUGCUCAGGUGCGCUCUAUUGUGCGCGGUGCUUGGACUCCUGCGUGCCCAGCCCUUCUGCCCACAGGCCUGCAAGUGUGUGGUCCGCGAUGCCGCCCAGUGUUCAGGCGGCAGUGUGGCACACAUCGCUGCUCUGGGCCUGCCCACCAACCUCACACACAUCCUGCUCUUCCGAAUGGGCCAGGGGGUCUUGCAGAACCACAGCUUCAGUGGCAUGACGGUCUUGCAGCGCCUGAUGCUUUCAGACAGCCACGUUUCUGACAUCGCCCCAGGCACCUUCAAUGACUUGAUAAAACUAAAAACCCUCAAAUUGUCGCGCAACAAAAUCACUCAUCUUUCAGGCUCGCUCCUUGAUAAGAUGGUGCUCUUGGAACAGCUGUUCUUGGACCACAAUGCACUAAAGGGCAUUGACCAAAAUAUGUUUCAGAAACUGGUUAACCUGCAGGAGCUCUAUCUGAACCAGAAUCAACUCGUUUUCCUUCCUGCUAACCUUUUCACAAACCUGGGCAAGCUGAAGUUGUUGGAUUUAUCGGGAAACAACUUGACCCACUUGCCCAAGGGGUUGCUUGGGGCGCAGAGGAAACUUGAGAAACUCCUGCUGCACUCGAACCAGCUGUCGUCUGUGGAUUCCGGGCUGCUGGACCCCCUGAGUGCCCUGAAGGAACUACAUCUGGACAGGAAUCACCUCCGCUCCAUCGCACCCGGUGCCUUCGACCGCCUGGGAAACCUGAACUCCUUGACCCUCUCCAGAAACCGCCUGCAGUCCCUGCCCCCCGCGCUCUUUCUCCACUCGAGCAGCCUGACUUGGUUGACCCUGUUCGAGAACCCUCUGGAGGAGCUGCCCGACGUGCUGUUCGGGGAGAUGGCGGGCCUCCGGGAGCUGUGGUUGAACGGCACCCAGCUGCGCACGCUGCCCGCCGCCGCCUUCCGCAACCUGAGCGGCCUGCGAGUGUUGGGGGUGACGCGGAACCCGCGGCUGGGCGCGCUCCCCGGCGACGUGCUGCGUGGCCUGGACCACCUGCGACACGUGUCGCUGUGCCACAACCGGCUGCGCGCCCUGCCCCGCGCGCUCUUCCGCAACCUCAGCAGCCUCGAGACCGUGCAGCUGGAGCACAACCAGCUGGAGGCCCUUCCCGGAGACCUGUUCGAGGCCCUGCCCCAGCUGAGGCAGAUCCUGCUGGGCCGCAACCCCUGGCUCUGCGACUGUGGCCUAUGGCCCUUCCUCCAGUGGCUACGGCGGCACCCGACCCUCCUGGGCGGAGACCAGCCCCCGCGGUGCGGCGGCCCCGAGCCGCGCGCCGGCCUGGAGUUCCGGGACGUGGUGCAGGGUGACCCAUGGUGCCCCGACCCUCGCGGCCCGCUUCUCCGCCCGCCUCCCAGCCCUCCAACCCAGAACUCUCUGGAAGCACCUGCCGCGUCCCUGCUGCCCAACAGCUCGCCGUCCUGGCCUUGGGUGCAGCUGGUGGCCACAGUCCUAUAUGGUCAGGCUAUGUGCUCACAGCCCACAGCCGUGGAUCCUCCCAACAGCACCAUAUGGAUAUGGGAGAGGAAGAGCAGGAUCCUGGCAUCUAUAAGAUGUACUUCAGAGCCAAGUUCAACCUUCUCCUCCUUUGUGAAGCCUUUCCUAUGUGCCCACUAUGUGCUUCCUGCUGGGGUCCCUCCAACCACAGCAUCGCUCCCAAACUCCAAGACACUCAGAAACAUUCAGAAAAGAGGACAGCUUGGGACAUUCAGCUAGUUUUAUGAAGUGUUUAUAUGUUGGUAUAUUUGCUUUGAUUUUUUUAAAACAGCAUCAAAUAAACAGAUAAUGUUGAAAGCUCCUGUGUGUAUCUG